GUAUUCAGAAAAGGGCUUGUGAUCAGCGAAUUUCUUUAUUACUUUUCACGGAAGUGAGAGGAAACCUUUGAACCGUAAACAUGACCUGGCCUGGAACUGAUGGUGAGCGCGCUGCAGUCGUCAGCCUGUGGGGAAAGCUCGACGCGGGAGCAGUUGGGGCCGAGGCUCUGCGCAGGCUUCUGAUUGUGUAUCCAUGGACUCAGAGAUACUUCGCUUCAUUUGGUGACCUGUCCAGCGAUGCCGCCAUCGCCGGGAACCCGAAGGUGGCCGCCCACGGCAAGGUUGUGAUGGGUGGGCUGGAUAAAGCCGUGAAGCACAUUGAUGACAUCGCCAGCGCCUUCAAGAGCCUGAGUACGAUGCACUCUGAGAAGCUCCAU